AUGACAGCUGCACACGUCCGGUCCCUUGUUUCUACGAAUGCUACCUCAACAGACGGCCAGGCCACAGCUCCUAUCCUCGAUGACGACAGGACUCUACAGGAGCUUCGCGCCGUCGCAUCACAGGACCAAGAUUACCGCCGCCUCUUGGAGUACGUCACCACAGGAUUUCCCUCCAACCACUACAGCCUACACGCCUCCAUCCUCCCGUACUGGAAAUUGCGGGACAGCCUGUACGCAGAUGGAGAGCUUGUGCUACAUGGUCCCCGCAUUGUUGUUCCUGCUACACUCCGCCGUCGCACCUUGACCCACCUCCACGAUAGUCACAGAGGAGUCGAAGCCACCCAUCGUCGCGCCAGGCAGACUGUCUACUGGCCUGGUAUCGACUCUGACAUAAAGAGUACAGUCGAAGAAUGUGACUCCUGCCAACGUCUGCAGCCCAGCCAACAGCAGGAACCCUACCUAUGCGAUGACCAGCCAUCACGCCCCUUUGAGUCUGUGUCCGCUGACUUUUUUCAAGUAGCUGGGAAGUCUUUCCUGGUCAUUGCAGACAGACUUUCAGGGUGGCCCGUGGUUACUUUCUGUGGUCAGGACACAACCGCAACUAAGGUCAUGCGCAUGUUUUGCCAGUACUUCCGAGAAGUCGGUGUACCUGUUCGUCUCAGGACCGAUGGAGGGCCCCCAUUCACCAGUGAGGAAUUCAGGAGGUUUAUUGAACGCUGGGGUGUCCACCACCUUGUGACGUCCCCACACUAUCCACAGUCUAAUGGCCACGCCGAGGCUGCGGUCAAGUCCGUGAAGCACUUGAUCCUCAAGACGGCGCCUGACGGCAACAUCGACUGUGAGGCGUUCGACCGGGGCCUGCUAGAGUUCCGGAACACCCCAAACCCUGCUGGCCGCUCUCCUGCCCAGAUUUUGUAUGGCCAUCCUCUUCGGACUUGUGUCCCUGCCCACCCCCAGUCCUUCUCUGCAGAGUGGCAGACCAAGUCUGACGACUGGGACCGCCGCGCCGCUGGCCAAGCCGACCAAAUGACUAGCCUCUAUGAUAGCCAUGCCCGUCCUCUUCCAAGGCUAUCCGUAGGCCAGCGUGUCCGCAUUCAGGACCACAAUCCCUCGAUGGGAUAA